UGUGGUACCGGUGCCAGGCAGCCCCAGCGUGGGGGAGGAGGUGCGUGGGGGCCGGCGCCCUGGGCUACGCUUCCCGCUCCGCUCCCUGUUGCGCUGCGCUGGCUGGUGGCGCGGGGGCGCUGCUGGCUGCGCUCUAGGUGUGUGGGGCUGGGUCUGUCCCCGCUGCGCUUGCUGCUGCUGGGACUGCUACUGCUGCUGCUGCUGCUGGGGCUGCUGCUCCUGCCUCUCCGGGAGCGGACGAUGCGCCAAGUCCGAGCUGCUGACCAGCGCUGCUUCGGCCCGGCUUCCCUGCGCCGCUGAGCCCUGCCCGGUGUCCGAGCCCGCGGGCCACUGCAGCCGCUGCUCCCGGGAAAGGGCGGAGGGCGAGCCCGGACCGGCCGAGCCAUGACAGAAGCCAACAGCAGGAAGGAAGGGUUCAAGAAGUGCCGGAGCGCCACUUUCAGCAUCGAUGGCUACAGCUUCACCAUUGUUGCAAAUGAGGCUGGAGACAAGGCUGCCAGACCCCUCGCACGCUUCUCUCGGUCCAAAUCACAGAACUUCUUGUGGAAUUCUCUCAUCGAUGGACUCACUGGGAAUGUCAAGGGAAAACCAAAGCCAACGAUCGUUAAUGAUCCUCGGGCACCGGAAGAAAUCUUAGCGGAUGAACUGCCCCAACUGGACAGCCCGGAGGCCUUAGUGAAGACGUCUUUCAGGUUUGGUGUAUUGUGAAACUUUCCUUCUCCGUUUGAUUGCUGGUGGUGCGAUUCUCACUCUGUUGGGCAAACCAUGUUUUUCAUCUCAAGGUCUUUUUUUGUGUUAAGUCAACCUGGGUUGAGGAUGGAGGUUUAUGAUCAAUAUUAAUUGGCGGUCUGACUUGAUUGUCUUAAGUCUAGCAAAAAUAGCUUUGGAAUUGACUGGUUGCUGGCAUUUGCUAUGGGUCCUUCUUUGGUAUUGAUAUUUGGAGAUUGCAUUUAAUUCAUGUUAAUAUUUGACUGGUAUUACUUUGGUGUCGCCAUUUUUUGGCACUUUAAAAUGGUGUUCAUAUUUGAUUGGUGUAGAUUUUAAUUAGCAGUUAUAAAUUAAUUGAGAGAUCACGAGGGAGUGGACGGAGAGAGGCUGGAAUCAGGGAGACCUGGCUUCAGAUUCUCCUUCUUUUCUAUCACUUGUGUAACCUGGGGCAAAUCCCUCCACUGCUCAGAGCUCCAGGCACAGCUUUAAGACUGUGUGUUGCUGCAUAAUUGAUCUACCCAGUUGGGAUGCAUUCCUUCCCGGAGAUCUCCCUACAGGAGAUUUAACAUGUCUGGUCUCUCCAAGAAUCAAAGAAGGGAUUGAUUGGAUCAAACAAUCACUAUGAAGGGAACCCUCUCCCAGAUCAUGCAUGGGCUGUCCCUGAGCUCCUAGAGCUCCUAGAGCUACGCCAAGUCACCGAGUGGGGAUUGUGGGGCUGUGGCCAAUGUGAUGGAUCCCAGAUAUGAUUCUGACUGAACCUGAACCGGAUGUGAAAAGAGGUUAAAAAGACUCAAAAGAGGAAGAGUGGCUCAGGGUAGCCGCUGCAGGGGCCAGGCUGAGACCAUGCACUUGGCUAGCUAGAAUAGGUUUUUUCCUCUCUAUCUCUAGGCCUUUACUAGCCAAGUAACUAAUAAACUUUAUAUGAAAAAUAAGGACCAGAGUUCUAAUUUUAUUCCUUCCAACUGAUGAAAUCCCUGUACUAAACCAAAAGGAAGCUGAUACUGGUAUUUAGCUGCCAUUGGUACUUCACUGAUGGCGGCAUUUGAUCAAUGCUGUUAUCUAAGAAGGUUAUAUUUAAUUAGCAUUGGUAUUUAAUUGGUAUGGGUGCUUAAUCAGUUUUGGUAUUUGGCAGACAUGACUUUUCUCACUGGGGUUUGAUUGGCUUUGAUGCUUGACUGAUAACCGUACUUACAUUAGAGUUGGCAUUUGAAGGCUACAGAAGAUGAUCUCUUUGAAUGGCCAAUUUGAGUUCUUCCAUGGCAAAGGCAGAGUUCCAAGUAGAGGAAUCCGAGGAACAAACAAGUAGUUUGAGCAGAAUUUCCUUUCUAGCUUUCAAUGUGAAUCUUCCUUCUUUGUUUGGCAGUGGUCUACUUAUUUCACCAAUAUUCAGUGAUUAUUCUUGUAUCUCCCUGUUAAACAUAUUUUUAGGUCUCUCUAGUUUCUUGCCUUCUUCCCAUCUCCCAUCUAUCUCUAAUGAAGUACAAAUCAACCUUAGAGUGUUCUACUGAGUAGAAAGGUGCAAAAACAAAUGUCUGUCUUGGACUCUAUGGCGUGGACAAAAUGUGCCCCCUUACAUCAUGGUCACUGUUGCUUAUCUGUUCCUAGCUCCAUCUCAGAGCUCUCAAUACUAUUGCCUUCCCUCAGGAUCCCUUGCUACCGCCAUUCUAACAGUCUAGAUUUGUGAUGUCUUGAAUGCAUCAUGGCAGAUGGGCUUCCACCUAUUUUGUGUAUUUUCUAGUUAUUUUGAAUGGAACUUCUCCUCAAAUUAUGUCCUCCAAGUUCUUAAUUAUUGCCUUUUAGAAAUGCUGACUGGCUUCUCUAUGGAAGCUAUUUAUUUCAAUUAAGUUACUUGCUGCUUUUCGGAGGGAAUGCUAAAUAAACUAUCA